AUGGCACUGUUAUCCAAUGGUGCUUCAUCGAUGCAGAUAACGCCACAGCCGGCCAACGGUGGCUCCAGCGGAGGCCCCGGUGGCAACGAAGACUUCAACUCGAAUGAUCACCUCUUCUUCUCGAGCCUGUUCACCGCACUGCCCCGGUGGGAUGGGCCGCUCAAGUCGAGCUCGGGGCCGGUUAUGGUUCCACAAAGCAAUAACAACACGUCACUGGACCGUGAUAGCAUAAGUAUUACGGAGGAUCUGCUGUUCUCCAACGUUUUGGGUGCAAUCGGGACGGGCAGUUCGACGGGCAGCGGCGGCAGUAGCCACCCUCACGGUCACAUCGGUAGCCACGUCGGCGGUGGCGUGGGCAUCAUCGGCAGCGGCAACGGUGGUGGCGGAUCGUCCGCUGCCAGCGAAAUACUCGGUGCAAUCGGAACCGCCUCCCAUCACAUGACACCGAGCACGUCACCACAGACAAACUCGUCCAACGGCAGUCACUGUCCGUCGUCGGUCGGUGCUAUCUGCGGCCGGUGUGACACGCACGCGUCGAGCCGCUGUCUCGAUUGCAACGAUGUCCUGUGCGAGGACUGCACAGUGCUGCACGGCAAGAACGCGUUCACGAAAGAGCACUGCGUGAUCGCGAUCACCACGAUCUCGCCGAUAGGAUCGGCUCCCUGUCUGCUUGGCGGUGGCGGCGUUGCCAGUGGAGGGAUCAUUGGAUCAGGAGCAUCCGGUGGCUGCCUCGGUGCCGGAGUGCUAUCGGAGCCGCACUGCGAUGUGCACGGUGAGGUGUUGCGCUAUCUGUGCGAAUCGUGCAAGAAAGUCGUGUGCCAGGAGUGUACACUGUGGGAACACAAGGAUCAUUCGUGCAUUCCGGUAUCGAGCGUACAGCACGGGGCAUCGGACAAGAUUCUCUCCAUCCUCGAGAGCGGCAAGCUGGGUACGAAGUACAUCAAGGCGAGCAUCGACCGGGCCGUUACGUACUCGCAGGCAGUCGAACGGGACGCGAUGGAGGCGUCUGCUCGCAUUCGCAAAGCGAUGCGCCACUUCAUACUGGCCGCGGAAGACCGCGAGCGGACGCUGCUCGAGCGAGUGGACAAGUUCCGCCAGCAGAAGCUAACCUCACUGUCGGACCAGAUGGCGGGCCUUCGGGCCGCACUGGCCGGUUUGUCGCAAACGUCGGACAUGCUGACGAAGGCACUCGAUGCGGUGCCGGUGAUGAGCAGUAUGGAGAUAGCGAAAACGCUGACGACCGGCGAAAGCCAGAUGGAGCAGUUUGCCGCCAUGUACAAGAAUCUGCAACCGAAGGAGGAGUUUAUUACCUUUGCGGCACCCAAUUUUGAGCUGCUGCAGGAGAUACGGAUGCAGGGCGAUGUGAUGCUCGUUGGCCAGCGAAGCAAUUCGGUGUCGAGUAAUGGUUCGUCAGCGGCGGGUAUGUCUUGCCUGCAAGGUGGACCCCCGUGCGGGAGUAUCGGUAGCGGCGUGCUAGGUUCGGGAAAUGCUGCAGGUGGACCGGGUGGUGGUGUCCCUGGUGGCAAUAUUCUCACCCGCCGUCCGAUCGUUCGAAGCACAACACCAGCCCAGCGCCUCGGUUGCUCGUCCACCUGGGAGUCGAUGGGCAAAGGUGGCCCGGGGGGCGCUUCUGGCGGGGUGCUUGCAUCUUCGCCGACUUCGUUCGGUAUCGGGCCCAUACCUGGUGCCCCGAUCAUGGGCCAAUGCAUUCCCGGUUGCGGGAACCAUGUGUCCACGAAACCGGCCGUCGGACCAAGUUUAACGUUCGGAUUCGAUGGCCACGAAGACGGGCAGGUCUCGCGCCCAUGGGGCAUCACGGUGGACAAGGAUGGUCACAUACUGGUGGCCGAUCGGCGCAACAACCGGGUGCAGAUCUUUUACCCCGACGGCACGUUCAAGCUUAAGUUUGGCUCGAAGGGCACCGCCAACGGGCAGUUCGACCUACCGGCCGGCAUUUGCACCGACGGGCAGGGCCGCAUCAUCGUCGUCGACAAGGACAACCACCGGGUGCAGGUGUUCUCAGCCGGUGGCAUGUUUCUGCUAAAGUUCGGCAGCUACGGGAAGGAGUGUGGCCAAUUUCAGUACCCGUGGGACGUGGCGGUUAACAUGAAGGGCGAGAUACUGGUGACCGACUCGCGAAACCAUCGCGUGCAGCUGUUCAGCCCGGAUGGGUUGUUUAUCUCGCGGUUCAGCUUCGACGGUGUCAAUCACAGCCGGUACUUGAAGGGUUUGACGACUCCCCGGGGGGCCUGCUUUACGCCCCAGGGAGACAUUAUCAUCUCGGACUUUGAAAACCACCGACUGCUGCUGAUCGAUGCGACACUAUCGAAGGUCCUGGCCGCCAAAGGACAUGAGGGUUCCGCAGUGCACGAGUUUAGUCGCCCGUCGGGUAUCUGCUGCGACGACGAUGGCCGGGUGAUUGUCGCUGAUUCCAAGAACCAGCGUGUACUCAUCUUCUCUCCGCAGCUAGAGUUCCUGUGGGUGACCGAAAUCAGGCCCUCAUCGAACGGGAUGCUUGCGGUCGGGAUGGACGAAAAAGAUCGCCCCAGCGACGUUGCUCUGCUACCGGACGGUCGGCUCGUAGUGAUGGUCGAAACCUCACCGGACGCCCGGGACCAGUGCAGUCCACAGAAAACCUUUAUCCAAAUCUACUAA